AUGAACGACGAAACACAAUUUACAAAUAAGGCCAACGAAAUUAUCCGUUUGGCCCAGAAAUUGGCUCAGGAUCACAGACAUGCUCAGUUACAACCAAUUCACUUACUUGCUGCAUUUGUUGAGCCAAACGAGGAUGGUUCUGUUGGAUUCUUACAAAACUUGGUGGAAUUAGCGAAAUAUGAUUAUGAACCUUUGAAAAGGGCCAUCAACAGAAACCUAGUCAGGACUCCAUCUCAGACGCCCGCACCAUUAGAAAUUCAGCCAAGUUAUGCUUUCGGGCAGGUCUUGAAAGAUACUUCAGAAAUUAGGAAACAGCAAAAAGAUUCAUUCGUCGGUCAAGAUCAUAUAUUGACUGCUUUGUUCAAAGAUGCAACAACUCAAAGCAUUUUUAAGGAGUGUUCCAUUGACAUAGAAUCUGUGAAGCAGCAGAUGCUCGAAUUGAGAGGCAAUCAACGAAUUGAUUCAAGAGACGCUGAUACAAAUGAAAAAUGGGAAUAUUUGAAGAAGUAUGCGAUCGAUAUGACUGAACAGGCUAGAGCAGGUAAGUUGGAUCCUGUUAUCGGUAGAGAAGAAGAAAUUAGAACUGCCAUCACUGUUCUUGCUAGAAGAAUCAAGUCAAAUCCAUGUUUGAUCGGUGAGCCAGGUAUUGGUAAGACUGCCAUUGUAGAAGGUGUUGCUCAAAGAAUUAUCGACGAUGAUGUUCCACAAAUUCUACAGGGUUGCAAAUUAUUUUCUUUGGAUCUUGCUGCAUUGACGGCUGGUGCCAAAUAUAAAGGUGAUUUCGAGGAAAGAUUAAAAGGUGUCUUGAAAGAAAUCGAGGAAUCAAAGACUUUAAUUAUAUUAUUCAUCGAUGAGAUUCAUAUGUUGAUGGGCCAAGGUGUAGAUGAUUCUGCCAAUGCUGCUAAUAUUUUGAAACCAGCCUUAUCUCGUGGUGGCUUGAAGGUAAUUGGUGCCACUACCACUAACGAAUAUAGAUCUUUGGUCGAGAAGGAUGGUGCUUUCGAAAGAAGAUUCCAGAAGAUUGAUGUCCCUGAACCAACGACAAGGCAAACGGUAGCUAUUUUGAGAGGUUUACAGCCAAAGUAUGAAAUACAUCAUGGUGUUAGAAUUCUAGAUAGUGCCCUAGUGUCUGCAGCUCAACUAGCUAAGAGGUACUUGCCAUACAGAAGAUUACCUGAUUCUGCUAUUGACUUGGUUGAUAUUUCAUGUGCCGGUGUCGCUGUUGCUCGUGAUUCUAAGCCCGAAGAAUUAGACAAUAAAGAGCGCGAAUUGCAUUUACUACAGGUUGAAAUCAAGGCAUUAGAAAGAGAUGAAGAAACGGAUCCAACGACAAAAGAAAGGCUACAACAAGCCAGACAAAAGGAAGCUUCAUUAAUUGAGGAAUUGGAACCAAUGAGACAGCGUUACCAACAGGAAGUGGAUUCUCAUGAACAACUAAGACAAGCCAAAAAGAAGCUCGAUGAAUUGGAAAACAAAUGCAUGGAUGCCGAACGUCGUUACGAUAAUGCUACCGCAGCUGAUUUGAAAUACUUUGCUAUUCCGGAUAUCAAGAAACGUAUUGAGGAAUUGGAACAAAAAGUUGCUGAAGAAGAAUCCAGGGAAGGUUCUGAAACAAUGGUGAAGAACGUGGUUAACAGCGAGGUUAUUGCCGAGACUGCCGCUAGAAUGACCGGUAUUCCAGUGAAUAAACUAACUGAAUCUGAAAACACAAAGUUGAUCCAUAUGGAACGUGAGUUAUCGCAACAAGUUGUGGGUCAAAUGGAGGCUGUGAAAGCCGUUUCUAACGCUGUCAGACUUUCUAGAUCUGGUUUGUCUAACCCUAAUCAACCGGCAUCUUUCUUAUUCCUAGGUUUAUCUGGUUCCGGUAAGACUGAAUUAGCUAAGAAAGUCGCAUCCUUCUUGUUUAAUGAUGAAAAAGCUAUGGUCAGAAUCGAUUGUUCAGAAUUGAUGGAGAAACAUUCAGUUUCGAAAUUAUUAGGUACUACUGCCGGUUACAUUGGUUACCAAGAAGGUGGUUUCUUAACUAAUCAAUUACAGAGAAGACCAUACAGUGUGUUGUUAUUUGAUGAAGUCGAAAAGGCCCACCCUGAUGUCUUGACCGUUCUUUUGCAAAUGUUAGAUGACGGCAGAAUCACUAGUGGUCAAGGUAAGACAAUUGACUGUUCGAACUGUAUUGUAAUUAUGACUUCUAAUUUGGGUGCCCAAUUUAUCAAUGCUCAGACUGGAUCAAAGGUUACUGAGGGUUCCAAAGAGUUGGUGAUGAGUGCCGUUAAAGCACAUUUCAGACCAGAAUUCUUGAAUAGAAUCUCAAGUAUCGUGGUAUUCAACAAGCUUUCUCACAAGGCCAUUCACAAAAUUGUUGAUAUCAGAAUCAAAGACUUGGAGAAGCAAUUUGCGGAUAAUGAUAAGAAUUACAAGAUCAACGUUUCACCACCAGCUCGGGAUUUCUUGACCAAGAAUGGUUACUCGGAGGAUAUGGGUGCUAGGCCAUUGAACAGAUUAAUUCAAACCGAGAUUUUGAACCCAAUGGCAAUCCAUAUCUUGAAGGGUGAGAUCAAAGACAAAGAAAUUGUCAAUGUAGAAGUGGGUGCCGAUGGAUCUCAUUUAGAAGUUUUACCAAAUCACCCAGCUUCAUCAGAAAUUGGUGAUGAAGACAUGGAUUUGGACUUGGACGACGAUGACGACUUAGACCUAGACUGA